AUGUCUGGUCGACAAGAUAAAACAGCUGAUACCGAACCUCUCCUUCGCCAGACCACCAUGCCACUGCCACGAGACCGGCGGGCUCCACCCCUGUCAUUUGUAGGGUUAUGGGAGAGGCUUGUGGGAAAGUCAAAAGAGCCAAGAGCAGCUGUGCGCCUGUCUCGACGCCAGCGAAAGCUUUGGCUAAUCUUUCUGAUUUACCUUUCACUAUCAGCAGGUAUCAUUUUGGUGUGCGUUUCACACCGUGGCAUCACCAGACACGCGAAGCGGACCCUAGUUACAUCCCCGUCGUCCACCGCAGACAACCUGUUCCUCCGUACCUCGCGAGAGUGGAUGCUGCUUACUGGACAUACAUCAGGUUCAGUUUGUGGGCAUACACCUACCUCGGCUGCGGACAGUCCCUUUCGCAUAGCUGUCACCCCUGUUAAUUACUCAGAUUUAUUUCUAAGUUUUGUACGUGCAUCCCCCGGUAACGAAACCAUUCGGUACUUAGCCUGCAAUACAAGCUGUUCCAUUCAAACUCUCACCUACGCGUGGGAAUGGAAUGGCACAUACCCAAUCAAUUGUACUGUUCAAGGUGUCAUAGGACAGCCGAAGUUCUGGUCUAACAUGACAGAAACUGAACGCAGAAAGUUUACCACUGGAUGGACCCUGUAUGGCAUGUUUGUUACUGGAGCCUCCGCCUCGGCAUUAGCCAUCCAACAGUUGCAAACCCUAGAAUUGCUAGCCAGACUGGCCAAUGGUACAGCAGACGCUUUGGAAGUAUUCAACCGGCAGUUGCAGGAUACUUCUAAAGUUGCCUUCCAAAACUGCCUUGUCUUGGAUUUCAUGUUGGCCAAGGAGGGUGGGUUCUGCGCAGACGACCCGGCGGAGGACACGGUGCAGUUGCUGGCUAGGCGGCAGCGCAGGGAGAAGCGGGAGCUGCAGGCCAAGAUUCAAAGUAUGAAAAAUGCUGUUCCCAAGAAUGAUAAAAAAAGGAGAAAACAGCUGGCUGAUGAUGUUGCCAAACUGGAGGCAGAACUGGAACAGAAACAUAAGGAAGAACUAGAGCAGCUGAAGGAGAAUUUACCUGAGAAGAAUAAGAUGGAUUCUGUGGCGGAUGGUGUUGCAAGUGUGGAGCUUGAUGGAUCAGAACAACAGAUUCAGCAACCUCGAAUAUCAAAAGCACAGAAGAGGAGGGAGAAGAAGGCUGCUUUGGAGAAGGAAAGAGAAGAAAGGAUAGCUGAAGCUGAGAUAGAAAACUUGACAGGAGCCAGGCAUCUUGAAAGUCAAAAACUUUCUCAUAUAUUGGCAGCAAGGCAGUUAGCAAUUAAGCAGAUUCCAUCAGAUGGCCACUGCAUGUACCGAGCUAUUGAAAAUCAACUCAAGGAUUGCCAAAACUCCUGGACUGUUGCAACCCUGAGAAAUCAAACUGCAAAGUAUAUGCAAAAUCAUGUUGAUGAUUUCUUGCCAUUUCUAACAAACCCCAAUACAGGAGAUGUGUAUAGUCAAGAGGAGUUUGCGAAGUACUGUGAUGACAUAGCAAAUACAGCUGCUUGGGGCGGUCAGCUGGAACUGCGUGCUUUAUCGCACAUUCUACAAACGCCAAUUGAGGUAGUGCAGAUGGAUUCUCCUCCCAUUAUUGUUGGUGAAGAAUAUUCAGGCAAACCAAUAAUACUUGUGUAUAUGAGACAUGCCUAUGGAUUAGGAGAACAUUAUAAUUCUGUAAAACUGCUAACGGACACUGCUACAGAAAAUGGUAGCUAACAUACAGAGGUCACAAGUCUACAAGGGUAAUGAUUGUAUAUUGCAACUUUGGGUUCUGGAUAGUUCCCAAACAGAUUAGAAUAUGAAACUACCUGGAAUAUUUUUUUUUUAAGGAAGGCACACAAGUAUUAGAUACCUAAUGAGAAAUAGCUAUUUAUAAAGAGUACCUCAAUAUAUUGAUGAAAUUAUGUUUUAGAAAAUCUUAUUUAAAGUUCUGGCAUUCAUCAGAGUAACUUGUAUAUUAUAUGCUUGGUUUACACAGCACUUCCUGCCACAGUGAAAAGAUCAAUAGUACAUGUGGAUAGCCUGCUUGUUCUUACUUCUGUGCAUUUCUUCUGAAGAGUCACAAGCUCACAUUAAAUAAUUUUAAGUACUUUUUGAUGAUCAUGAGAUUUUUAUCAAGGCAUGUAAAAAGACUUUAACAUUAAUAUUCUAGAGCAAGAAGUGAUGCUAUUUUAAUAGUCCCAUCCAGACUGAACUGAAACAUUAUAAUGAUGAGGACCUUCCUAAUACCUUUUAGCCAGGUAAAAAAUGCAAACGAAUCCAGUAGUACUAAAAAUCUUAGGCUGGUCUGAUUCAAAGGAUCACAAACCAAAUGUUUACUUUAAGAGGCUUUCAUCUUAGUCUUGUAAUCAAGGUUUAAGAAUUUUGCUUUUUCUUCUGCAGCUGGCUGAUUCCUUAAAUAUUUUAUACUCAUUUCCAUAAAUAAUCUUAUAGGAGGAGAACUACUAUUCAUGGCUGUAGAAGACUGCAAAUGGGUGAAAAUUAGCAAUUGCACUGCCACCUUUUUAUCCAUUUUGCAGUCUGAAAUGCAGUAUUUUCAGCCAGUUACAUGCUAGAAGAAAAAUAAUUAGGUUAACAUUUGAUACUUUAUAAUGUUAAAGAAACCAAAAAAGGAAAACUUGCUUCUCUCAUUUUUGUUCCAAGGUCUUUGUUUAAUGAAAUAACUUUGUGAUCUUGCUGGAAAAGAUGUGGAUGAGGACUUUCAGGAAAGCUGUUUUUAAGGCAUUUUUUUAAUACACAAAUAAUAUUUGAUUUUGUGUUUCACAGCAUACAGGUUGCCUGGUAAAUCAAGCAUUAACCAAACAAAAAGUAUACCAGGUCUGUAUUUAUUUUAACAAGUGGAUGAACCCAGUUGCUUUUGUCUUGGUCACAGGACUCAGCCUUCUGUUUUGCAAAGCUAAAUGACAUAGAGUUCUACCACAGUAGGUCAACAAUAUAUAGUUUUAAAAUUGAUGUCAGAGGCAAUUCAUAUUGUUGUAGGUAGCUGGUGAAAAAUCUUUAGUUAAUCAGCUUUUAUUCUAAAAGGGAGAUGUGGGUGGAAAUGAUAUCUAAAUUUGGGAAUGGCUGUACCAAUCGUUUGUCCAAUUUAAAAUGUUUACAACUUGUAUAGAGCAAAAUAAUGUUUAAAGUGAGCAAAGGGCAUUUGCUCAUAUUGUAUGGAACUUGCCAAAACUAAUAAAUUGGUAGAAACUUU